AUGCUGGGGCCAGCUUUCACCUUCCUAGUCCUGUUCCUGCAUGGACGGCACAGCCAAGCCGCUGCCUCUUGCCUGGGACCCCGGCCUCCGGAUGAAGCUGUGGUGAGGCGCUCGGGCACGUCUUUCCACUUGGGGCCCAGCGACACCCCGCCAGCGGUGAGCUCCUUGGAAUGGAAGGCACAGCUGCGCUCAGAGGAAGGCACUCGCGUGCUGUUCACCUGGAGGGACGGUGGCAGCUCCGAAGGGGAGCGCUGGGGCUCCGGCCGCCACAGGCUCCGCCUCAGCACCAGCCGGCUGAGUCUCCUCUUCGAGGCCGCGCAGCAGGACGACAGCGGCACCUACUCCUUGGAGGUCACCAGCGAGGCGGGCGCCGUCAGGACCCACUGCUUCCUCGUGUCCGUGCUGGACGCCGUGCGGCAGCCCGAGCUGCGGCUGCUGGAGCAGCGGGCGGCCCCGGGCGGCAGGUGCCGGGUGACUCUGAACUGCUCGGCCUCCGGAGGCGGCGAUGUGGCCUACACCUGGUCCAGAGGGGGCCAGGCCAUCCCGCCGCCCAGGAGCCCCUUCCGCCUGGAGGAGCAGACCGGGGCGGGCGGCCUGCACACAUACACCUGCAACGCCAGCAACGCGGUCAGCUGGGCCAGCCAGAGCCUCCAGCUCGGCCCGGGCUGCGGGAGCGCCGGCCACGAGCUCAGCCUCCUGCCCCUUUUGAUGAUCAUCCUGGUUCCCAAACUCAUGCUGCUCGGCACCCUCACCUGCGUCUGCAUGUGGAGAAGGGGGAGGAAGCCGGCAGAGCCCGGUCCACAGGAGGCACUGACCGUUUGUGAAGAUGCCCGCAGCCCGCCCAUCGGGAGCGGCCAGGUGCGGCCCGAGGCGGGUUCUCGCCUUCCUUCCUUCCGGACGUGUCCUGGGAGCGUGGCCCUGCCCAGCAGGGGCCCGAGAGCCCGCUGCUGCCUCUGA